AUGGGUCUUCCAUCAGUGCACGACCUUCGUAUGGGGACCUCACAAAUGCCGACUAGACCCGUCUCGAAGUCGCCCAACCUAGUCCAAGCGAGCGUGUCCACUCGCGAGAUCGCCUCCGACGAUGAGGCGACUUCGGAAGAGUCGGAUGGACGUUUGGACGGUCACGUCGACAGCGACGGAGCGCAUUCGGAGUCGGGCGACGACGUAGUCCUCGAUGUCGAACCUGGCCAGCUAGCCAAGAUGCUCCGCGAGGAGGCACCUGUCUGGGCUGAGAAGAAGUCAGACAAGGGGAAAGGAAAGGCCAUCGACAGCGCAACGGCCCAGCUUGCUGCAAGGACCCCCGUGCCUCGGACUGGCAAUGGUAAAUAUACUAACCAGAAGUUUCAGCUCGCAGCUGUUGACCUCGACAACUCGGGUCCAUCAGACUCUGAGCUUGCGCCCGACGAGGAGGAGGUGGAAGCUCAGGAGCUCCCUGCGGAGCAUUACACAGUCCAUGUCGACGACGACGACGACGUGGCGAUGGAAGAAGCCACUGGCGCCUUCCCUGGUCCUGGGAAGACCAAGGCGAACAAGACACGUUCCACCCGUGGUCCCAAGGCGCAGCAGCUCCUUGUCGAACAACCCGCCUGGAAGGACAUCAUCCUUGCCGCGCUCGCCCAGUCACCCGGGUCUGGGUCCGAGACCUCGUCAAUUGUGUUGCCUCAAAACUGGGACUUCACUGCAUUCGCGGAGGCAGUCCACGCCCAUGUAUUGGGGCAAGUAUUUCAGCCCCCCGCCCUCCACAUCACUACCACGUCCACUCCUUCCAUUCCCUCACAUCUCCGCGUCACUGGCAAGACUCCCCCGGUCGCUUCGUCGUCGCGUGACAAGGAGACGAAGACGCACACUCCCUCUUCCCCUCCUCCGAGCGACCAUGACAGUGGUGACGAAUCUCUCCCCGAUGUGGCCACACCGGCCCCUGAGCACGCACCCUCUUUCGCCAAGGUGCCACCUGCCGAGGGAGGCCCGCGUGCGGCCGAAGACUACGCUAUUGUCCCCCCGACGCAACCGGGAGGGAUACUGCAAUUAAUGACUCAAGACGAAGAUAUUCGCGCCACGGUGAGGCAGGCCAUUGUGGACCUUGAUGUCUGGCUGUCGUUCCAUAACAGCUUCCCCGACGCUUUGACACGCUCCCGAGAGAUUGCAAACCUCUUGGCACAGGCCGCUCACUCUCUCGGACUUCCCGGCCUUCAGACACGCCUUCUCACAGACUCAGAUUUCACUCGUAGUCUUUCCGGGCUGGUCAAGCAGCGUAUGAGCACCUUCCGCGGCAACAUCAAGAAGCUCGCGGACUCCAACGUGGUCGCCUUCUUCGCUCUCACCCCGGUGCUCAUAACGUUCUACCAACAGGAAGAGAAGAAGAGUGUGACAUGGUCGGGUCCGAAUAAAGGACCCAUCGUGCGUCAUCUCCUGCACCACGCCUUCUGCAAUGGUCCCACCUCUAUUGCCGCCAAGAAUCCCGAUCUGUUUGACUCGUCUAUGACACAGAUGCCCCAAGCGAAGGAGAAGGAGAUGCCGAUGGCUAGUG